CGUGCCACCAUGCUCGCCAUGUAUCUCCGAAUUUGGCUAAGUAUGGGAGCCACCCCCAUGACACGCAGAGGGGGUGGACGUUAUACCACCACCCCCAGGACGUGGCAAGGGGGGUGAGCAUCAUACCGUCACCCCCAUGACAUGGUGAGGGGCGGUGAUCCAUAUGACCCCCAUGAAGGAUGCUCCAAUAGUAUGGUUAGGGGGUCGUCACCAAUGUGAGCACGUGGUCUCUUUACUCUACUAAUGGUGAAAUACUUUUUGCCAUGGUAACUCAUGUUAUUCAAAUAUCCACCCAUAUGUGGUAAGUGGUAUUCCUUUAUGCCUUAGCCAUUUUUACUCUAUGGAUAAGCAAAACUAUGAAGGAGGGGGUUUCAAGAGGAGAGGGGCAAAACUACGAAGGAGCCAUUUUUACUCAAGAGAUGCCAAGAGCAUAGGUUGAGGUUUCAAGAGGAGGGGGUCAAGACUGAAGAGGAUCCCACAUCCAACAUCAGGGUAACCGUCAUAGCAGUUGAGAAGGUAACCGUCACUCCACGUCAGCAGAGCAGUUUCUUGGGGCAGUUACUUCUGGUGGCUAUAAAUAGGAGGUGAAGAUGACAGAGAAAGGGUUCGCAAAAAUCACAACACGACACCACUUGUCAAGUUUUAUCUUUUUAUCUUUUCCUCUGCAGAUUUUAGCCAUAGUCGUAGUUUUUGGAGCUCUCACUGAACCUCCAUAGGAGUAGGGCUAAUUUAAUGUAGAUUUGCCUCGUAGUUCAUCAAAACAUUGAACACCCUUGUUUGAACUUUGUUCAAAGAGGUGUGAACUGUGUUGUUUGAUCGUUUGUUUGGAAGUCAAAGGUGCAAAAUCCAAUUCUCUUUCCUUUAUUUUUCUCGCCGGGAAAACAAAUUGGCACACCUGGUGGGACACGUGUGUUAGAUUUGAUGGCUCAGAAGCAGCACUUGACUUGCAAAGAAUGCUCGGAGAAGUUACUGGAUGCUACGUGGAGCUGAUUUUUGGGAAGAGAGAGAGAAGGCGGUUAGAGGGUGAGGCACAACAAAACUGGCAGCAAGACUCUGGACGAAGGACAGACAAAUCAUACCACAACAAGCCUCGUCAAAAUUUAUCUUUUCUAUCUAGAACAGUAGCAGUAGCACCAGGGACCCUCCAACGAGGCUUCUCUGUUAGUUGUAGUCAGUAGUUGCGGAGCACUCAAAGAAUCUCCAUAGGAGUAGAGGUAAAAGUAUCCAGUACCUUUGAUGUAUGCAUCGAACACCCUCGUUCGAACAAUGUUUGAAGAGGUGUGAACCGAGUAAAAUCGUUUUCCGUUUUCUUGAAGUCAGAGUGCAUUGAUCACGCGAAAUUCCACCUGAAACAAAUUGGCACACCCGGUGGGACAACAUGUGUUCGAUAUGGCUCCGCGACGAAGGAUUCAGGAUGGUGAUCCUCCACAAGAUGCUGUGGAGGAGUUGCAGUUGGUUAACGUUGAAUUUGACCAAGCAGGAGGAAACAAUGUUGGAGCACAGGCGCCAAACAUGGCACCAAAUGUAGAUCUAGGCGAGGCAGUGGUGUCUCUUCGUCAGAUGAUGGAGGAGAACCGCAAAGCAACGGAGGAGAACCGCCAAAUGAUGGUGGAGAGUCGUCGGUUGAUAGAGGAAGCCAGAGCUAUGGCUCAUCAGCUAAACUGUCAAGUUGAUUGUCUCAAUUCCUGCGUAGAUAGACGAUUGGCUCAAUUGUUUGAGUUGGUAAACAAAAAUACGAAUGAUUUGGGUGAGUUAAGGCAAUUGUUGAACAAGCCAGUUUUACAAACUAGGGCUUUGUCUUCAGAUGGUCGAGACUUUCCAAAUCUUGAAAGUGAAAACGUUAACCUACCAUCCAACGGUGGUGGUCGAGGUGAGCAGCCACGCCCGGUGAACUCUACACCACCGGUGACAACCACCGUACCAACACCUCAAAGGGUGAAUGUUGGCGAGAGUCAUGCCACUUCAUCUAAGAUCCAUGUUGAGCAACCACCACCUAGGCAAGGUGUUGCUUGACAAAACAUUUCAGAAGCCAGACCAUACAUGGCUCCUGUUAAUGUUGGGAUGGGUUUGGGUCCAAACAAUGUUGACCCGAUACUACCACGUGAGUACCAGCAACAAAUCACUCUCCCUAUGAAUAUGCAAGGUGUGGAUCCUGGUGGAUUCAUACCACUUGGGGGGCAAGGAGGGGGGCAUGAGAUCCCACCGCAUGGAAGAUUGAAGGAGAAACAAUAUCGUCAGUGGCAAAGAAGUUUGCCACAUCAAGAAUGUUCUAGAAAAAAUCAGAUGAGGUUGCCACAAAUUCUCCUCAAUAUGGAGGUGGUGGCCACAUGAAAAAAUUCAAUGCUGCGAAAGCUGGCAUAAAUCAGUAUAAUCCUCCAUGUAAAGGGUCUUCAAAGACUCCACUGAGUGGACAGGGGGGCAAGCUCGAUCAAAUCCGACAUGGAGUUGCCACACCAAUGCUGGCUGUGAAUAAGUCUGCCAUGAAUGGUGGACAUGAGGGCAAGACCAAUUCGCGCACACGUGUUGGUGGAGCUCGCAAACCUCGGUGCUCACCCUCUCAACGUCAGGAAAGUGUGCAGUCGACAAAAAUUAACCAUCGUGGGCAAGUGAUGCCACAUGGUCGAUUUGGCCAGACAAAGGUGCCAAAAAACAUGAAUAUCCUGUCUAUAGCCAAGAACGCUUAUGGUUUUCGUGAGGCUGAGAUGAGGCCAAAUCAGGCUUGUGGAGUUUUGAACAAAGUUGUUCGAGCUGGGACGAAAUGGAGAGUUGCAAGCCAACAAUGGCUCCACAUCAAAACCAACAUGUGUGAAGCCAGCUAUGACAAGCCAUGGCAUUCACGGAUGGUAUGUUUGGUUUGAUAUGUGGAGUUGGCAAUGGGUAUGGACCUGCGACAUGAUGGCCUAUGCCAAAGUCUAGCUUAUUAUUAAAUAAAUAAAGUGUGGCUAAAUUAGGCCAUGUUAUAUGUUAAAAAAAAACUAAAAAUUAUUAAAAUAUUUUGGUGACGUUAUUAAAAAGAAGCCACAACGUUGUUGAAAAUGGUUCAAGAUGACAAGCACAUUGCCUCAUGUGAUGUGUUGGAGAAUAUCAAUCUUGGCAUGGAGGACGAUCCUCGUCCAACUUUUAUAAGUGACAACUUACGAGAGUCUUAUAUUAAUGGCAAGUACUUUAUGCCUUAUGUACCGUCCCUUUGGGACAUUAAGGAGUGUUAGUAAUUUAGAUGCCGACCAAGUGCAGACGGAGACCUAGUUGAAGUUGACAUGGUUUCUAAGAUGUGCAACAUGGCCGAGGAGUGAGAUGGCCAGGACAAAUCUUUUCUGGAUUGGCCAUUAAAAGAGAUUUGUUUUUCUCGGAAGCAAAAUGGUUGCCGUCCAACUAGAUGGUUUGGAUGGUUGAGUCAAAACAUGGUUACCUUGCCACCUUCUGGAUAGAUUGUAUCAUCCAUGUUACUAGAAGCCAAGGAUGGUUGGCCUUAAGUAAUUUGUAACUAUGGUUUGGUUAAGUGGUUGCAUGGAUAGUGUUGUCCAAGCAAAAUGACAUCAUCCAUGUUGUAUAUGGAUUGUGAUUGAGUUUGGCUGAGUAACCAUCCAUGAUUGAGAGGAGGAGUACCUGAGCUUGGUGACUUGAGGCCGAGCAGUAGCAAGAGUCUUGCCAUGGGGAAGCAUCGCACAGCUUUGGAGGUACGAUGAUAUUUUUUGAGUUGUGAAUUAUGGUGAAUGGGAGCAUCAAUUUAUAGAGAAAAGUUUAAUUCUGCCCUAAUAGGAAUGAGUUACCUCUUGCUAGUAGGAUAUGGAUUAUGAGGUGUGUCCUACAUGAAAAAGAAUUUGUGUUCCUUAUCACAAAAGGAAAAGGUAGGCUACAUUAAUUGGCUAAAUUUUUUUAUUUUUAGCCGAGUUGGAGAGGGACACCCUCUUGGUGUGUUUUGUUUACAUGGCCAGGAAGGAAUUACAUUCCUUAUGUGACUUGGACAUGGCUACAUAAAGCCAACAUCUGCUU